AUGACCAUUUUACAAAUACUCAUAAUUAUCGGCCUAUCAGGUUUGUUGCAAUCGUGUUGUCCUGAUGGGUGGAGAAAGGGCAAGAACUCCUGUUAUUUUAUUAGUCCUAGAACUGUUAGUUGGGCUGAGGCAUCGAGCAUUUGUCAAUCUUUCCAUAGUGAGCUAGCCGUUAUCAACGAUGCAGAAGAAAACGUACUUAUUGGCAAAAUAAUCACAAACAUAAGAGGCGCCUUAGCGACAAAUCUUUGGAUAGAUGGAUCCGAUAGAAUGAUAGAAGGCGAGUGGUAUUGGGCGUCGACGAUGGAAAGAUUUGGAUACAAAAACUGGGCAAUCAACGAACCAAACGAUCAGAAAGAACUGGAGGACUGCCUGGAGAUGUACGUGAUCGGGUUCUAUUGGAACGAUAAUAAGUGCGACAUCUUAAAUCACUUUAUCUGCGAGAAAGAGUACGUUUCUUUUAACUUUUCAGGAUAA